AUGAAUUCUCGAUUCGCGUUUCUCUUAAUCGUUUUGGCAUUGGCUUUUACUUUUUCAAAUGCCCAACAAAAUGUCACCGAUUUAUUUUUCUUAGCCGAAGCGGAUAAUAAUGUUUGCAAGGACAAUGCAGACAGAUUUACACCCACAGAUGGUUUACAAAAAGCGGGCGGUUCAUGCUCUGAUACUGUUCAGGGUGAAAUUCCAGACUCCGACCAUAUGGUUUCUUCAUUCAUAAUUGAACCUCCAAAUGCUUGCACUUUACCUGCAAACAAAAAUUUCACCGUAAAGAUUUUUACCAGAGGUCUUAUAACUGGAUUCUUUGAUAAUCCUGCAAAUCAAUAUUACAAGUUUCCUCAAGUUGUUGAUAAACAAACUGGGUUUAUCUUUGGCCAUUCUCACGUCACCAUUCAACAAUUGAAAUCUUUUGACGAUGCUCCAGAUCCAAAAUUAUUUGCUUUCUUUAAAGGUCUGAACGACCCUUCUGUAAACAAUAUCUUUACUCAAGUAAUUGGUACUCAAAAUGUUAGUGGAUUACCGGCUGGUGAUUAUAGAAUCUGUACUAUGGUUUCUUCAUUUGCCCAUCAACCUACUCUUAUGCCUGUUGCUCAACGUGGUGCUCAAGAUGAUUGUAUUAGGAUAAAACUUGUGGAUGAUCCUAAAAAAAGACGCAAUGUUUUAAAUAAAAAGCGUAAUGCUUAA